AUGCUCGAGAAUGAUUCGAGAUCCCUUGUUGCAGGAGUGGCCGGACUGGCUCUGGUUUUUCUUCUCACGAUUCCCUCGCUUGCAGGUGUUGCCUCCCACUUACGGGAGUCCAAGCCACGAUCACACGUCUACGAGGACGAAGAUGGAGUUGCCACAGAGAAAUCUGUUGCAAGGUAUUCUGCCAAGAUCCCCAAGAUCCUUCUUUCCGUCUUCGCGGUCCUUGGUCUAGUGACGUCAAUUGCUUUGGCGGUCCUGGAAACGCUCGCAGGUGUUGAUGUCAUUGUGGGCUGGGUGAAUGUGCUAAUCGUGACUCAAACAGCCGGGAUCCUCCUGAUCAAGGACUCAGUGAAACGAUACGCCCUUGGAAUCUACGCAACUAUCUCCUCGAUUUUUCUUCUUGCGGUUCUCCUAUUCCAGGAUGGAGUCAUCACCGAGGAUGCCAGUCAUGGUAGGACCUUUGGAACCAGUGGGGAAAUUGGCCUCCGCAUUUCACAGCUCGCUCUUUCAGCCCUGACAGCAUUCUCGAGUGUCUCAUUACCUCGCCGACCUGAUGUCUUUCGGGGUGGAAAGCCAGUUGAUAGGAUGUAUUCGGUCUCAGCUCUUGGCCGGUAUAGCUUCUCGUGGGUUGGAGACAUGCUUACAUUGGCGAGGAAGAAGAAUCGACUUGAAUUGGAUGAUCUACCCACAAUGGAUCACUAUACCCGGUCGAAAGAUCUCAGCGACUCGUGGGGAAAGAAAAAGCAUCCCCGAAAGCUUUGGAUAGAGAUAUUCCUAGCCCAUAAAUGGCCUUUCAUGAUUCAAUGGCUCUUGACGCUGCUCUCGGCUUUCGGCAACUUCGCGCCACAGUUCACGACAUAUCACAUCCUACGGCUUCUAGAACGUCGACAACCAGGAGAUCCAGCUAGCCCCGAAGCUUGGGUUUGGGUCGUAGCUCUGACUCUCACAACGAUAGGACAGGCAGUGAUCGAAUCUUGGCUUUUCUGGAUCUCUUGGUCGGAGGUUGCCAUCCCAAUUCGCAGCCAAGUGUCUGCCUUGAUCUUCCAGAAAGCCAUGCGUAGGAAGGACGUAAAAGGAGCGUCCAAAUCAAACAAGAAAGAAUCCGCAGACGUUCCAAAUUUGGCACGAGAUGCUGCCACCGACAAGGCAGAAGUUGACGAGGAAGACGAGGCUGAUCCCAAAGGGAAGCAGUCUACUGUUAAUCUCAUUGGCGUUGAUACUAAGCGAGUCUCGGACUUUGCUUCAUUCAACAAUUACUUUCCUGGCAGUUUCUUCAAGCUGAUUGUAUCCUUCGUCUUUCUCAUUAGCAUUAUUGGCUGGAAGGCUUUGCUCACUGGGUUUUUGGCGAUGUCCCUGACAAUUCCAGUGAACAUCUACUUCAGCAGGCGAUACUCGGCUGCGCAAGAUAGGUUGAUGAAGGUCAGAGAUGUUAAGAUGGGUGUCGUGACAGAAGCGUUGCAAGGCAUUCGGCAAAUCAAGUUCUCGGCAUUAGAAAGAAACUGGCACGAAAAGAUAGGGAAGGUCAGAGAAAGGGAACUGGGUGAGCAGUGGAAUGUUUUUGUUUCCGAUACCUUCCUAAUUUUCUGCUGGAUCACAAGUCCGAUUGCACUUGCUGCAACAUCUUUGGCGGUCUACUCCUACCUAUACGGCGAGCUCACCCCAUCGGUUGCCUUCACGGCCAUUGGCGUAUUCAGCAAUCUCGAAGUGACACUUGCAGUCAUCCCUGAGCUGACCACAGAUCUGAUCGAUGCCCACAUCUCCGUCACACGAAUCGAAAGAUAUCUCAAUGCCCCGGAGAUUACCAAGAACACAACUGAUUCCCCGAAUAUCUCUUUCGACAAUGCGUCGAUUGCGUGGCCCUCAGAUGAAGAGAAAACGGAUAAUGAUCUACGAUACGUGUUAAGGAAUAUCAACGUUUCAUUCCCCGAGAACGAGCUCAGCGUCGUUAGCGGUAAGACUGGAACUGGGAAGAGUCUUUUGCUUGCCGCGAUACUGGGCGAGGUGGAUGUACUUUCAGGGAAGAUCAACGUUCCGAGCGCACCGCAUACACGAGAUCGGCAUGACAAUCUGGCCACGAAAGACAACUGGAUUAUUCCGUCUUCAAUUGCGUUCGUAGCGCAGAUUCCAUGGAUUGAAAAUGCAAGCAUCAAGGAAAAUAUCCUCUUUGGUUUGCCGGACGACGAAUACCGAUACCACACAGUCCUCGAAGUCUGUGCGCUCAAGAAAGAUUUGGAUAUGCUCACGGACGGCGAGAACACCGAAAUUGGAGCCAAUGGCAUCAACUUAAGCGGUGGACAGAGAUGGCGCGUCACAUUUGCUCGUGCGCUGUACUCACGGGCUGGCAUACUUGUUCUUGACGACAUCUUCAGCGCUGUUGAUGCCCACGUUGGAAGACACAUCUUCGAAAAGGGAUUGACUGGCGAAUUGGGACAGGGCAGGACUCGUAUAUUGGUGACCCAUCACGUUGCACUUUGCAAGUCGAAGACGAAGUAUAUUGUUGAACUCGGAGAUGGGACAGUCGAGAACUCAGGUCUCGUUCAGGAGUUAGAAGAGGAUGGAACUUUGCAGCAAAUCAUUAGACACGAGGAGGCGGAGCGACAAGUUGAGGAAGACGAGGAUCCCACCGCCGUGAACUCAGAAGAGUCUUCAGAUAUCGAUAACACGGAAGCGUUAAAGAAGGUUGAUUCAAAGAAGGCCGCUCCAAAGAAGUUCGUUGAGGAGGAAUCGCGAGAGAGAGGAAGAGUGAAGACGCGGGUUUAUCUAGAUUACUUGAAGUCGAGUGGAGGAAUUCCGUUCUGGGGGUUCGCAUUGGUGUUCUUCACAACGCAGCAAUGCUUCCUCACUGGUCGUGCAUGGUGGCUUCGCUUGUGGACUGGGGCCAACGAGCACACAAGUCUCAAGCAAGCUCUCACGCAAUCCUUUCAGGUCCAAGGAUUCUCUAACUACGCACGCAACUCCACAUUUUCCGUAUCUUCCUCUCACUCUCUGGAACCCGCAGACCCAUCGGAGAACCUCAAGUUCUACCUCGGCGUUUAUGUUGCCCUUUCGGUCGUGAUCUCUCUCUUUGGUACCUUCCGUUACUGGUACAUCUUUACUGGUUCUAUACGUGCUUCGCGUCGUCUUUUCGAGAGACUCAGCUUCACGAUUCUCCGAACUCCACUGAGAUGGAUGGACACCGUUCCAUUGGGACGAAUUCUCAAUCGUUUCACAGCUGAUUUCAACGUUGUUGACUCCCGAUUGUGCAAUGAUAUGUCCUUUGGAGCCAACAAUAUUUUCCGCGUGGUUGGUGUGGUUGUUGCAGGUGUUUUCGUCUCACCGUACAUCAUCAUCCUAUCUCUCACGCUCUUGGCGAUCUGUAUCCAAAUCGCUCGGCUCUACAUGACCGGUGCGCGAGAAGCUAAGCGUCUCGAAUCCAGUGCUAAGUCACCCGUAUUCGAACAAUUUGGCUCUGCUCUGACCGGCGUUGGAACCAUCCGGGCCUUCGACAAAUCCGACACAUACAUUACUCGUAUGUACUCCAAGAUAGACGAUCAUAUCUCUUCUUUCUGGUACCUAUGGGCCUUCAAUCGCUGGAUGGGAUGGCGCAUGAGCCUUGUUGGUGGAUUUUUCGCCACAUUCGUCGCAGCCAUGAUCCUGCUCAUCAAUGGAAUUGACGCAGCCCUUGCCGGGUUUGCACUCAGCUUCGCGUUAGAAUAUGGCUCAGCAGUUAUCUGGUCUGUUCGUUUCUACACAAACAUCGAGCUGGACAUGAAUGCUGCAGAGCGCAUCAUCGAAUACGCCAGCCUCCCCACCGAAUCGCUCGAUGGUACAGACCCGCCGGCGGCUUGGCCAAGUGAAGGCCGCCUCGAAGUCAAGGAUCUCGUUGUUGGCUAUGCUCCUGAUCUGCCGCCCGUCUUGAAAGGUCUUACAUUCCGAGUGGAACGCAACGAACGUAUCGGGGUCGUGGGCCGUACGGGAGCCGGAAAGUCGUCUUUGACUCUGGCGCUAUUCCGUUUCCUGGAAGCCCGAGAGGGAUCAAUCCACAUCGACGGCCUCGACAUCUCGAAGAUCAAACUUCACGAUCUGCGCUCCCGACUAGCAAUUAUCCCCCAAGACCCAGUUCUCUUCUCUGGCACUGUCAGAAGUAAUCUCGACGCCUUCGAUGAGCAGGGCGACUCCGCCUUACGAGACGCGUUAUUGCGGGUUCACCUCGUCUCAGUCGAGGAACUCGAGUCCUUAAACUCGUCCUCUUCCUCAUCCGGCUCUGCCACUCCGGUUCCUCCAAUUCCAAAUACACCAAACGGUACAACAAAGAACUUAAACAAGAACCCCUUCCUCCACCUCUCGUCUCCUAUCACCGAAGGCGGCCUCAACCUCUCCCAAGGCCAGCGACAGCUACUCUGCUUGGCACGUGCCAUCGUCUCUCGGCCGAAAAUCAUGGUUCUCGACGAAGCUACAUCAGCUGUUGACAUGGCGACCGAUACCUUGAUCCAACGCUCUAUCAGAGAAGAAUUUGGCGAUAGCACGCUCAUUGUUAUUGCGCAUCGGUUGAGCACUAUUGCAGAUUUCGAUAAGAUUCUUGUGUUGGAUGAUGGUCGAGUGAGUGAGUUCGGCACGCCGAAGGAGCUAUUCGCGCUUGAGAAUGGGGUAUUCAAAGGCAUGGUUGGCGAGAGCGGCGAAAAGAAGAAGCUGAUCAGUAUGAUUCAGGGCGCUGAGCCCACGGAGUGA